AUGUUGUAUUCGGAUGGGGGUGUCUACAUUGGUAACUUUAAGGGUGAACAACAUCAUGGCAACGGAAAGUUUAUAUGGUCAAAUGGAUCAAUAUACGAGGGUGAUUGGGUUGAUGGAGAGAGGACAGGGAAAGGACGGAUCGUACAUACAUCAGGAGAUAAGUAUGAGGGUGGAUUCUCUGGAAAUCGCCGCCAUGGUAAUGGCACCCAAACUUGGAAGGAAGGAAAUGUCUACAUUGGAAAUUGGAAUAAAGAUAAAUUUGAUGGAAGAGGGAUUAUGAGUUGGGCUCAAGGUGAUGCUUUUUAUGGUUGUUGGACGAAUGGACUUGCACAUGGAUCUGGAGUUUAUAUAUCUGCACGUGGGAAUGUCUAUAUUGGAAAUUGGAAAAGUGGUAAAAUGGAUGGAAAAGGGAAUUUUAUUUGGGCCAAUGGUGAUGAUUUUAAUGGUUGUAUGUCAAAUGGACUUAGACAUGGAUUUGGAGUUUAUAGAUUUGUAAAUGGGGAUAUCUACAUGGGAAAUUGGAAAAAAGAGAGAAUGAAUGGAAGAGGGAUCAUGAGAUGGGCUAACGGUGAUAUUUUUGAUGGUUGUUGGUCAAAAGGACUUAUACAUGGAUAUGGAGUUUUUAGAUUUGCAAAUGGGAAUGUCGACAUCGGUAACUUCAAGAGUAAAGUUCUCCAUGGCAACAAUAUGCACACAUGCUCAAAUGGAACAAUGUAUGAGGGUGAUCGAGUUAAUGGAAAAGUGACAGAGAAAGGAUUGGCAAUAUGGGCCGUUCAAAAUCCUGAUGGAUAUUGGAUAUGUCCUGAUUCCUCACCUGAGAGCCCUUUGGUUAUCAAAAGGGAAUAUAUGGAAGGAGUUCUAAUUGUGGAGAAAAUAAGGGAGUACUCACAAGUAAGGAAUAAUAAUAAGAACAAAAAACAAGGGAAAUUUAGUGUGAAGAAAGUAAAGAAAAGAUCGUGUGUAUGGACAUUUUUAAAGACCAUCAAAGCUAUUAUCUGA